AUGUGGUAUGAGUUUGAGGACCCACUAAAGUAUUUCAUGUCUUCCCAGUGCCUCACAACAAUUAUUCAAUGGUUGACACCAGCCAUAUCGCUGCCUUCUGUUCAUGCAUCAUCCAAGGCAAUUGGCAUCUUUCGUGCUACUUGGUGUGCAAUACGCAUCAAGAGAAUUUUGCUUUUCACGAUUAGUUCUCCAACGGAGUGCGUGCUAGUGACUGAUACCAUGAUGUCCAUUGCCCUUCUUGCAGCUGCUUUGGCAUCCAUCGUGAACGUUUUUGGCACAGGUGACCAAACCAUUAUGACAGUUGGUGGGUUUGGAGUAGCUGCAAGUGUUUUUGCUUCCAAGAACAUCCUUGAAACUACCUAG